GCUGGUGCUGUUGUUCAUCUCUUCCUCGUUCGUUCCCAUUUGUCACUCUUUUGCUUGAAGUUGCUCUCGCACGAGCCCUUCGCCUUACUUUCAUUACCUUCGUUUCCAUCACUCUCCUUCACUACGAACCACGUCAGCCAGUCUCGACGUGAUUACACUUGUCCGCUCGAAGCAGACAAAUUACUUGACAGCCCUACGAUCCAUUCACAGACCUGCUUCGUGUCACGGCGACUUUUACACUUUCCACUCGCCUUGAGCUAAAACCGUCCCACGUAGCAAGAUGACCAAAUCAUUCGCAACUCUGGCAGCUGCUACCGCGCUGCUCUUCUCCGCCGCCGAGGCUCACAACGCUUUUACUACCUUGUGGGUCAAUGGCAAGAGCCAGGGGGAUGCCACCUGUGUUCGUACCACCCAUCGCAGGAAUGCCCCCAACAGCCCCGUCGUCGACUUUUCUGGAAAUGAUAUCGUCUGCGGCGUCAAUGGUCUGGAGCCCGUGGCAUACUCUUGCGCUGCGCCUCAGGGAGCUACGUUGACUUUCGAGUACCGCAUCAGCCCGGACAAGGCUGGUUCCGGCUUCAUCGACCCGGGCCACAAAGGUCCUGCGGCUGUGUAUGCAAAGAAGCUAUCCUCGUCCCAGGACUCUGGUGCUGGCGACGGCUGGUUCAAGAUCUGGUCCGAGGGCUACGACGCGGAGAAGGAUCUCUGGGCAACCGAGAAGCUGAUCAAGGAGAACGGCUUCCUGUCCAUCGACAUUCCCCAGGGCUUGCCUGCGGGUGACUACCUCUUCCGCCCGGAAGUUGUUGCUAUGCACAACGUCACGCCUGAGGUUGAGCCCCAGUUCUACGUUGGCUGCGCUCAGGUCUUCCUCGAAUCGUCCAUUUCUGCGGAGAUUUCCAUUCCCGACGAAUAUCGUGUGAGCAUGCCUGGCUACAUCAAGCGCGGCGAUGCCUCCAUGACCUACAACAUCUACAAGGAUGAGGAGUACGCAAACCCCAAGAAGCCUUAUCCUGAGGCUGGUCCCAAGGCAUGGGCUCCCCCGGUGCCGCAGACUGUCGGCAGCAGCAAUGUCAUUAAGCAGACAAAGGGUGCUGUGCCGGACACGUGCCUGCUUGUCAAUGGCAACUGGUGUGGUGUUGCCACACCGUCCUACGAGAACGAUCUGCAGGCGUGCUGGGCCUCGCAGGACAACUGCUGGAAGCAAGCCACUGCCUGUUGGGACUCUGCUCCCAUCACCGGCGGAGCCAACUGCGAGCUCUGGAGCAAGAAGUGCACUGCUCAUGGCGAGGCUUGCAAGGCCGGCUCGGCCUCUGGCCCGCCCGCCUUCAAGUUUGACCUUCCUGUGCGGGCAACACCCAACUUCGCGCCGCCCAAGAAUGCCGGAAGCGCCGCAGUCGUCCCUGUUGCUCCUGUUCCUGUCGCCGAGAGCUAUCCGACUUACCCCGUCGUGGCGCCAGUCAUCACACCUACUGCUACCGCCACUGUCACCCUUACCGAUGCUCCUCUGGCCCCUCUCUACCCAUCGACUCUGCUGACGACUUUCUCCGUCGACCCCGUGCCCACUGGCAUCUACGUCUCGGCGCCUCCUCCCGGCCCCACGACGACGACGACCAUUGUGUUGGCUGCGCCGCUGCCGCCUGAUGCGAGCACCUUCCCUGUGCUUGAUCUCAGCAUCGGUCCCAAUGGCAAUGUCGUCAUCUUCCCGACCUCGACAAGCACCAUCGCCAGCACCGGUGCUGUUCAAGUCACAGCUGCGCCUACUCCGACGACGGCACCGCAGGUGCCUGGCUGCACUAGCAAGCCUCACAAGAAGCGUGGCCACAAGAGGCGUUCCCAUGGCCAGCACAAGCGUCGCCACACUCAGUAAGAGCUGACCGACCAACGUUCUUGGUUGUGCUAUUUGGAAGAUGUGCGAUAUCGGGAAACAUAUACACGAUCGUGUGCCGCGAGAACUUGCUUGUUUAAGCUGUGCUAUCUUAUGACUUCCAGAGGGAAUAAAUACCAUUUUAACAUCUUGCUCAUAUCGUUACUUCCGUUCGUCUGCAAUAUGAUGUCAGUUUCUCUGCCGGGCACUGCCCUUACAAGGCGUUGAAUAAAGACUUGUCUCACGCACAGCGAGU